AUGUCUACUCACACCAAGAUUUUGUCUCAGGCUCCAACUGAAUUGGAAUUGCAAGUGGCUCAUGCUUUCACCGAAUUGGAAAACUCUUCUCCAGAGUUGAAAGCUGAAUUGAGACCAUUGCAAUUCAGAUCCAUCAGAGAAAUCGAAGUUGCUGGUGGUAAGAAGGCUCUAGCUAUCUUCGUUCCAGUUCCAUCUUUGAACGCUUACCACAAGGUCCAAACCAAAUUGACCCGUGAAUUGGAAAAGAAAUUCCCUGACCGUCAUGUCAUCUUCUUGGCUGAAAGAAGAAUCUUGCCAAAGCCAUCUAGAAGAUCUAGACAAUUGCAAAAGAGACCUAGAUCUAGAACUUUGACCGCUGUCCAUGACAAAAUCUUGGAAGAUAUGGUUUUCCCAACUGAAAUCGUCGGUAAGAGAGUUAGAUACUUGGUUGGUGGUAACAAGAUCCAAAAGAUCUUGUUGGAUUCUAAAGACGUUCAACAAGUUGACUACAAAUUAGAGUCCUUCCAAGCUGUUUACAACAAGUUGACCGGCAAACAAAUCGUCUUUGAAAUUCCAGGUGAGACUCAUUAA